UUCUGCCUGCGACUGCAUUAGUCUCUCUCGACACGUGAAUGAAGUUCGUCGUCGUAUCGCAAGUUCAGGUAUCUAUCGCCGUGACCGCGAUUGAAGGCCUUUCCUCAUAACUAUACCGCACAGCGACGAUCGAUAGUAAAGUGAAGCUAUUUGAAAUCAACAAGGAAGUUGGGUGACCGCGCGCCAGUAAAAGCGAAACAUGGAGAAAUAGUUUCAUUCAGGUUUUCAUACAGUGGCUGCCGGCUAGUGUAGUGCAAAGUGCAGUUGCACAAUAUCGUCAAACUGAUUCAUAAGUAGUUGGAUAGGACCGAGAGUGAUAACGGACAACUGCAGUCCACAGUGCCUCUUUUUUCCAGCUGCUAUUCCGUUCCGAGUUGUGCAAUUUCGUGACCAUAAGUGAAAAACAAGCUCUCUUGGCUCAGUCAGCAGUGAUAGAGCUGGCUGGUGGUGAGUUCAUUUGUCGCCGGGAUAAAAGUUCCCGUCUGGCCGCACGAGUAAGUGUGUACGUGCGCCCACAACCGACGCUCGAACUAAUUAGUGCAAAAUAAUGAGUAAACCAAGCACCAUCAAGGCGAGUCGCAUUUCUCGAGACAGUGGCAUUUGCGUAGAAGACAGCAUACAAAGCAAUUCAGCGCCUGGAGACAGUACGGUUAAGAAACGUUUUCCGGCCGGUGGUGGAUCUGGUGGUCCUCGGGUUCGAACGAAAUCUUCCUACGUGCACCGAUUAACGCAGCAUUUCGAAACUCUAACUUGCCAAGAUGAAAGCAGUCGAAUCAGCCCGGCAUCGUCUCUGUCUUCCGGUUCCAGUAGGUCAGUUUAUCAGCUGGAGUUAGAAAACGUGCGUGCUGAACGCCAGCCGGAAGUUAGUGCUGAUCAGUGUGAUAAAAGCGAAGAAAAAAUGGAUGACGCAGUGCAAGUGAUAGAAACUUUCUAUGAGGAAAUUCUGGUGGCAGAUAAGAGAGUUGAAAAGAAGUUCGGUGUUGCAAGUCAGCGUAUUCCACUAGUGGCGACCUUCGAUAACGAUCAAUCGGGGAAUCACCUUUCAGCAAGUGUAAAAGGCAGCGAAGCGAUGGGUGUGAGUGAUAAGAUAACAGGAGUAGGGGAGUUCAAUUAUGAUUCAAACAGAGAAUCGGCUGACUUUGAACUUGCGGACACGACCCCGGAACCCGUUGUUGCAGAAGCACGGAAUGUAUUCAUAUCCCAACACGAACCUGCCACGGAUCAUGAACACUUCAAUGACGAUGAUGAUUUCAGUGACACCGAUUCUUUCGACUCUUCAGAUGACGAAGAGUUGAUUGCGUUAAGCAGCUCAAGGCCUGAUUCAAAUUCCUCGAUCAAAUCAAAGCGCAUCAGUAACAUAAUAAAAGAACUCCUGGAGAAUGAGGAAAAUUACGUACAAACCCUCGAGAAAGGCAUUGAAAACUAUGUGGGCGUGAUGAACCAGAAAGAUUUACCACCAGCCUUACGAGGACAGAAAUAUCACAUUUUUGGUAACAUUGAGAGCAUUUACGAAUUCCACAAAUAUAAGUUCCUGCCAAAACUUCGCGACAACUGUGCCAGUAUACAAGGUGUUGCAGAGACCUUCAUCCAGUUGAUAGAGGAUAAUCGAUUCUACUGCUACAUUUUGUUUGCAUUGAACCGACCAAAGUCCGAAAAGAUUUGCAAUAAGAACUUGGACUUCUUCCAAGAAAGACAACAUCAAGUUGGUGAUAAACUCGGCCUCAACAGUUUUCUUCUACAACCGAUUCAGCGGUUACCGAGGUACAAAUUGUUGCUGGCCGAAAUUAACAAGGAAGCACUGAAAUUGAUAGCCGACGCUCUUAUGGACACUGUGAAGGACGAAAUCGGAGUGCUGUGCAAAGCGGAAAAACGUCUGGAACGCUUCAUUGACAUUGUGAAUGAGGCCAUGAGCAUCAACGACAUUUGCGAGUGUUACGAGGAUUUCAAAUGCAUACGGACGGAUUUGAUGACUUCCUUCUCUGUUGCCGCAAACUGUUUUGGCAAAAUCGUAGACACACCUCCGGUUCUGAUUUUGUGGGCAAAAAAUAACAAGAAUCCCGAGAAAAAUAAGCCUCUCAACCUGUUUCACCAGGGAAAGUUCCGCAAAAUGUUCGAGAUGGACGUUUACGACUGGGACCGACGGCGGCGCUAUCCAUCGAAGGUUUUCUUCUUCGAGAAGUGCAUCAUCUACACGGAGAAAAUCAAGGAAUACCUCGAAUAUCGUGGCCAUUUCGUCGACUCCGAGGUCGGGCUGUACAACGAUGGCAAGACGAAGCUGUGCGUAUUUGCCUUAAAGCGGGGCAUCCAGGAGAUCGAAAUUUCCAACAGCGAUAUGAGUACCGUGCAGAAAAUGGCGAGUUACAUCGAAGACACGAUGAAGCGAUUUGCCAUGCAGGAGCGUCAGCGAAUUAACAAUAUUAGCAGUAAGAAUCAAUGGACCGAACAGCGAGUGCCUAGUGUGAUGACCAUCAACCGAGGAAGUACGGCCAGUGGCAAAAGUAUCAUCAGCAAUAACAGCAGUCGUGACAGUUUUGAAUCGGGCUCACAAACUAUAUGGGAUCCGGAGAAACCUGUUCAAAGUUUGGUUACGGCACAGAAACAUUUUUGCCAGAUUUUGGCAAUCAACAGAAAGUACUAUUUCGGUGAGCUGCCGGAAGAAUUGUCACAGCAAAUUCAUCGUUUCAUUCCGACCUACGAUCGCUUGGUAGAGAUCCACACAAAGAGGAUAUAUGAAGAUUUCUCUCAAGACAACGUAGGACUUGAUGAAAUAUGCGAGUUGUUCAUUCAAUACUUCAAGGAGGAAUUGUUUGAGCCCUACAACAAGUACUUGAAACUCUUCAAGAAGGCAGCUGGAGUCAUGAAAAAUAUUCAUAAAGCCUCGCGCACUUCUCUGAGCAGCACAAUGGUGGCCCAGACGACGGACGAUUUCACUUUCUUGGUUAUUGAAAUUUGGAACAAGUAUAUUAAUUUCAUACAAUCCCAAAUUGUUCGUUUGUCGGAGGAAAUGGGCGGAACCACCAACGACGAGGAGAAGGAAUUGUUCCGUAAGUUGGCUUUUGUUGAGGUGCAGAUCAAUUCGUUCCGCAAGUCGCUGCUGCAGAACUACAAACUCUUCAACAUGGAUGAAACCGUUGCUGCGUCCAGCUACGGCUCGGUACUCUACUCCGACAGGGUUCGCUAUGGUAAUGAAACGCUCAGCUCACAUCGAGUGUUCAUAUGUGAAAAAUCGGUGAUCUGUGUUCGGAUUCAAAUGGUGAAGGACUGCAAUCGCAAUACGGAAAAGUACAUUCAGAUGGUUUUCAAAGACAAGUUUGCACGAGGCGUGAACGUAGUCAAGCAAAGCAAAAAAUCUGACAUUAGACUUAAUUUCGAAGUCGGUGGAUAUAAACAUGCAAUUGAUUUUGGCAACAAGGCCAACAGAGACAAAUUCUACGGUAAUUACUGUAUGUUCUACGGGAAAUGGUUUAGUGCACGAUGGUAAAGAGCUGAGAGUAAAGAGUAGGUAGUGAAGGUCGAAUAAAAAUCAUGCUGAUGAAAUGAAAAAGUAAA